AAAGUUGGUUUUGUGUUUUGUUAUUGUUUUAAGCGUAUGAAAAAGUGUGGUUAAAAAAAUUUGUAUUUGUCCGUAAAAUGAGUACUUUUAUAAAAACAUAUUGUAAUUAAUAUGUUAAAUAAAUUUUAAAAAAUAUGGUAAUUGUCGUAAAGCUGUUGACCAUUAUGAAGAAAAUUUCGUUUAGAAUAUAGGCGGACAUACAUUCACAAAUGAGUAGAUAGUUAAAAAUGGCAUUUCAUGGUAAAAUCAGAACGUUUAACAUGUUUGAUAGACUUGGUAGCUUCUUAGAUUUCAUAGACUUUGUGGAUUACAUUGAUUCAAUAGACAGCAUUGAUAAUGACGCGUAUGAACUUGAUAAUGAGAGAGAGAGUGAAUCUGCCCAUCUGCGAUCUACCAAACGCACAGUGCCUCGACAUGAUAUAUCGGAUGCUACAAACCCUUUACAAAGUUUAACAGAUGAGCAGUUCUGUUCUAUAUUUCGAUUUUCUAAAGACACUGUAGUUAGAGAGAUUUUUCCUUUGUUAAAUUUUCAAAAUCCACCAAAUGAAAGGGGUCUUCCUGUGCCCCCAAUGCUACAGUUAUUAACAGCACUUAAAUUUUAUGCGACAUGUGGUUUCCAGGAGGAGUGCUGCGACAUAGUCGGUGUAAGCCAGGCCACAGUUUCACGAGUAGUAAAACGUGUCUCCCAGCGAUUGGCAGAGGCGUCUUCCAAGUUCAUCGACUUUCCCACUGAGACAGAUAAGAUCACGUUCAUCUGCAACGACUUCUACGAUGUGGCUCACUUCCCCGAUGUGGUGGGCUGUGUGGGCUGCACGCACAUCCCGGUAGUUUCGCCCGGUGGUGCAUCCGCAGAGCUCUACAGAAACACUCGAGGAUACAUGUCAAUCAACGUCCAGGUUGUUGUGGGACCAUCGAUGGUCAUACAAGAUCUGUCUUGUCGUUGGCCAGGUUCUUGCCAAAACAGGAAGGUGUUUGAAAAUAGUGAGGUGAGAGCAAGAUUUAAAUCUGCAGAUUACCGAGGUUCCGUGUUGCUGGGUGACAACAGCUACCCUCAACUGCCUUACCUCUUCGUGCCUGUAUUGGGGGAUUCUCCCACUCCAGCACAGAGGAGGUACAAUGAUGCGCACAGGACGACGCACGCUGUCGUUGAAAGUUUUUUCACUGCAUGGAAACAACGCUUCCCAUGUCUCCAACAGAAGCUUCGGUGCAAAUUUACUACGUCUGUAGCAAUCAUCGAAGCAUGUGCAGUACUGCACAACAUUGGACGAGCGUGCAAUGACAAUGUUGAAGGCAUACAUGUGCAGGAUUACGAAGCAGUACCAGUUAAGAAUUCAUCUCAAGGUGAUAGAAUAGGCAUCGAGAUAAGGGAAGAAUUUAUAAAAAAGCAUUUCAGUGUAUAAGGACAGCGCUCAUAAAAUAAAUCUUCGUUCUGAGGUGAGUAAAAUAAUGUACUCAUCAACCAAGGAGUUACAAUUUAAUAUUGUAGAAAAAAAAAUUGCCUAGAUUGAAAACUCUGUGAGAAAACCUUAGGAAUGUUACAUUGUCCGAGUUUGUGUACUUCAUGAUUUAUAUUUGAGAUACAGUGGGCUAUAUCAUACUUACCAGCUUAAAUUAUGACUUAGCAUAUAAGAAUUGAUCAGCUUUUCAGUUAUGAAAAUUGAAAUUACUCUUUAAUGUAUUACUGUAUUAGGAAAUACUAAUUUGUAAUAUUGUUAGUUUAGGCUAUGGUCAUAUUUUGUGAUAAUUGCACCAUGGCAAUGUCCGUGCUUGAUUGUAAAACUUACACUUUUGCACAGCCAUGUAUAUUAUCAUUUCAAUUAUAAAUAAGAAAAAUAGUUUAAAAAAGCAUUAAAAUGUUUAAUGUCGUUCUUGACUUUUAAUAUUUUAAAAGUAUAAAACUACUUUUUCUAAUGUGUUGUACAACUAAAAAUAAAUUGCAGUGUUUGAAUGAAA